AUGCAUUUAACGGAAACGCAGUUAACACUGCCCCGUCGCACGCAGGAACCCAUAUUUAUUAUCAUCGGACGUGAAGACGAUGUGCGCCGUACGUUGCGUACGGUUGAAGAUAUGACGAAUGGAGAUUAUACUUUGAAUGGUUCGCAUCUCGAUCCACUUCGGGAAAGGGAUUAUGCAUUCGUAAGUGAGCCGAAUUUCAAGGAGAACGGAAUUCACUAUACGCUUUGUGUGCAUGGGCAGAUCGAUGAAAACGAUUAUCUUCCUAAAUGCAGCAAAAACAAUGCGAACUCGCAGAAGAAGCAGGUCUCGGAUGGAUAUUAG